AUGGGGGCUUCUUGUUUACAUAUAUUGUCAGUGUUUUCAAUUUUCCUUGUGUUCUCAGUUCCAUGGGCAGCUGCAGAUUUAAGGGUGGACACCUUUCUCCAGUGUCUUUCGUACCGUGAACACCCCUCUUAUCCAAUCUCUGGGGCCAUCUACACUCCCAACAAUUCUUCAUUUUCAGAUGUUCUUUACUCGUAUAUAAGAAACCGCAGAUUCAUGACAUCUACGACCCCGAAGCCCCUGGUGAUUGUAACCGCUUUGCAUGAAUCUCAUGUCCAAGCGACGGUUGUUUGUGCCAAGUUUCAUUUUUUGGAGCUGAAAACCCGAAGUGGUGGGCAUGAUUAUGAGGGCCAAUCCUACGUAUCGAAUAACCCAUUCGUCAUCCUUGACUUGUUUAAUCUUCGAUCUAUCACCUUUGAUGAUGCAACUGAAACUGCUUGGGUUCAGGCUGGUGCAACUCUUGGUGAGCUUUACCAUGCAAUUGCGGAGAAGAGCAAGACUCUUGCCUUCCCAGCCGGGGUCUGUCUCACUCUUGGCACUGGGGGACAUUUCUCCGGAGGCGGAUACGGGAAUCUGAUGAGAAAAUAUGGCCUCUCAGUGGAUAACAUCGUUGAUGCGCAUCUGGUUGAUGUCGGCGGCAGAAUCCUGGACCGAAAUUCCAUGGGAGAAGAUCUAUUCUGGGCCAUUAGAGGAGGCGGUGGAGCCAGCUUCGGAGUCAUCCUUCAAUGGAAAAUCAAGCUGGUUCCCAUUCCUGAGGUGGUGACUUAUUUUAAAGUGGGAAGGACAUUGGAAGAAGGCGCCACUGAUGUCGUGCAUCGGUGGAUUCAAGUCGCUCAUAAAUUACCGGAAGAACUGUUCAUAAGGGCGCAGCCACAGGUGGUUCAGGUGGGUGAUCAGAAGACAGUGAACGUCUCAUUCAUCGCCUUAUUCCUCGGAUCUGCUCAAGAACUUAAGCCAUUGAUGGAAAGAGACUUCCCGGAACUGGGACUGAAGCCAGAAGACCUCAAGGAAACGAGUUGGAUUGAAACCACUCUACUCUUUGCUGAUUUCCCAAGUGGAACCCCAACAACUGUUUUACUCAACAGGACAAGGACCCCAAUCUACUUCAAAUUCAAAUCAGACUACGUGAGAAAAAACAUUAAAAAAGAGGAUUUGACACUGAUAUGGAAGAAGAUGAUAGAGUUGGAAAAGGUGUUCGUGCAGUGGAAUCCAUAUGGGAAAAGAAUGAGUCGGAUUCCAGAGUCUGCAACUCCAUUCCCACACAGAUCCGGAGUCAAAUUCAAAAUCCAGUACCUAGUGAUCUGGUUCGAGGAUGGCGAAGAGGCCAGCAACCACUACGAGGGCCUGGUUAGAAGCUUGUAUGAUUUCAUGACUCCUUAUGUCACCAAAUCACCCAGGGAGUCAUUUCUGAAUUAUAGAGAUCUAGACAUUGGUAACACUACACGGUGUAGGACUUACUUACAAGCCAGAGUUUAUGGGAGGAAGUACUUCAAGGACAAUUUCCGAAGAUUGGUUAGAGUGAAGACCAUUGUUGACCCUGGUAAUUUCUUCAGGAAUCAACAAAGUAUUCCCUCAAUUAUCUGGUAUCCUAAUGAAAAGGUCAAAGAAUAA